CUACGGGCUAAGCUAGACAGUAAGCAUGAAGUUAUUGAAGCAUAACGUCGUGACGCAUUUUCAGUCGUCAAAUAUUUUCAAGCGAAGGUGAGUCAAUCCUAAUUUUCCAGUGUUUUGCGUUUAGUAUAUCGGUGAUAACGUGCAGCAAACGUCCAUACUUGUCGGCUAUUCCUAACCUUUUUCGCAUAAUCUACCCGAACGCGAAACCUCUCCGGCUAUUUUAAAACUGCGGUCCGGCUGCCCUCUGAAUCCCGGACAUGGAGACACCAUGGAGAUGAUUUAUCGCCUUAAACAUCUUUAUAAUAAGUAUAAACUUAACAGUGUUUGAAGCACACCCGUUGCUAUUUUAACCUUAGCGUUGAAAUAGAUUUUAAAAACGACAGACAUGUUUCGUGUCUCUGUGUAAUGGCGCUGAAGGCGGUAGUCACAUGUGACAUCGAUAGGGAUCAACACCGGCUAUGAUUAGUGUCGUACUAGCGUUUUCAUUUUGAUAUUUUGCUGCCAUCGAAGAAAGUUACGCUGUAAAGACCGAUAUUAUUUUGUGCAAAAAUCAGUCUGGUACAUUUGGGUUCGAAUGGAUUAGAUUUUCUAGAAAAACGACAGACAUGUUCGUGUCUUUGUGUAAUGGCGCUGAAGGCAAUAGUCGCAUGUGACAUCGAUAGGGAUCAACACUGGCUAUGAUUAGUGUCGUACUAGCGUUUUUAUAGUGAAAAUGCUAGUACGACGCUUUUUUCAAGUUGACUGAAGAGAAGAUCAAGUAUUUGCAAUGGGUUUAACUUGGGAAGGUCUGAAGGAAAUCUGGAUGUUUAGAAUUCCUUCUCUUCCAGGUGUCGCAAGGAGUUCGACUCGCCCAAAGCUAUCAUCCACAAUUUGAAUAAAAGAGUUGACGAGCUCAAAAAGCCAAUCGGUAAUGAGCCAAUUGUAGCUAAUGACAAUCCAGCGCUUUUUUACAAUGAUGAAAUGUUUGCGAUCAUGCGAUUGGAUCUUGAUGAAACAAUAUUUUGAUAUUUUGCUGCCAUCGAAGAAAGUUACACUGUAAAGACCGGUAUUAUUCUGUGCAAAAAUCAGUCUGGUGCACUUGGGUUUGAAUGGAUUAGAUUUUCUAGAAAAACGACAGACAUGUUGUGUGUCUUUGUGUAAUGGUGCUGAAGGCAAUAGUCACAUGCGACAUCGAUAGGGAUCAACACCGGCUCUGAUUAGUGUCGUACUAGUGUUUUCAUAGUAAAAAUGCUAGUACGACGCUCUGUUUAAGUUGACUGAAGAGAAGAUCAAGUAUUUGCAAUGAGUUUAACUUGGGAAGUUCUGAAGGAAAUAUGGAUGUUUAGAAUUCCUUCUCUUCCGGAUGUCGCAAGGAGUUCGACUCGCCCAAGGCGAUCAUCCACGAUUUGAAUAAAAGAGUUGAUGAGCUCGAAAAGCCUCGAAAAGGUAACCGAUAAUGAGCCAAUUUUAGCUAAUGACAAUCUAGCGCUUUUUUACAGUUAUGAAAUGUUUGCGAUCAUCCAAGUGGAUCUCGAAGAAACAAUAUUUUGAUAUUUUGCUGCCAUGGAAGAAAGUUACCCGUAAAGACUGAUAUCAUUCUGUGCAAAAAUCAGUGUGGUGCAUUUGGGUUCGAGAAAUAGUUUCCUCUCAAGCUUUGCCGAGUAAAUCAUCUUAGUUUAAAGUAAAUAAAUAAAAUGGCUUUCUUUUUGGGAAAUAUUACAAUUAGCAUACAUAUAAUAAGCAUAAAUAGUUUGAGCACUCACCUGUAAACAACCGAAUACAUGAGCUUCAGGAAAGCGGAAAAUUGCACAAGUUACUGAGCUCGCUUCUUCAAAUCCUCGAAACUCGAGGGGAAAAAGAACAUUGUUACUUCUAGGUUAGUGUUUUUCAAAACAUCAGUAUCAAUAAUUAUACCCUGUAAUUUUAAAAGUGCUAAAAUUAGUUGAUAAUUUGAGAAAAUCUUUUUAUCAUUUGAAGGGCCAAUUUGUUUGUUCAUCAUGGAAGAAAUAAGACGUCGCCCGUUUAGAGUUUGUAACUUCCAGGCUGGGCAGGCACGUACCAUAGGCAUGGUAGCGGCUAGCUUGCAAGAUCUAAAAAGAACAGCAGUGACAAUGUUUGGCCUGAGACCAACUACGUGCCGGAUGUUUCUGUUAGAUGGAACCGAAGUGAAGGACGAAGAGUAUUUUGCUUUGAUUGUAGAGCAAACACUUCUGAUGGUUGUUUUUGAUAAAGUUGAGAUAGCUGGAUCACAGAGUAAGUUCUUGGAGGAACUGCUUAUUUAGUUACUGAUCACUGUUUUAGUACAUGUAUGUGAAAUUAUACUUAAACUUUUAACCAAGGGUGCAAUGGUAUCAGGUUCUAUUGCUUGUCAAUUGUUUUGCCUGGAAAUGGGUCAGUUUAAAGCACUAAGCAGGGAUACACAUAAAUAAGAAUGAGUAAAAUGAGCAAGCAUACAUGAUCAGUAAAAAUUGUAAAACCAAACUGACACUUUAUGUCACAAAUGCAACAGGUAGCCUGCCAACAGGUGUUAUUUGUUGCAGAACUCAGGUGUGUUGUACAGUGCAAGUACAGCGAGGAGUGUGAGACAAAAAAUAAAUAUAAGCUUUUUAUUUUUUUGACUGGAAACCAAAUUAACUCUGUUGAUAUUCCUCUGAGAAUGAAAGUUGUUUUCAGCAAAUUGAAGCAAUUGACUAUUCAAGGGAGGCUGUUUCGCUUUGAGUUUUCUUCCUUGUAAGGUAUCUUUACUGGAUCACACUAAAGGUUCUGGAUUAUUCAUGUUAACCUACAACUUUCAUUGAAAGUUCAGUUACCUGAUCAGGCAACUAUGAUCGAAAACUUAGUUGUCGUGAUGAAAUUUUUAGUUGCCCCAUGCAAGCGGGCAGCCUUUAAUGUUGAGCCCUGAAUCCCUGUCAGGAUUUGAACCUAUGACCUCCUGAGAAUCAAGCAGGAGUCCUAUCCACUAAUCUUGAUUCAGUGUCUCUGACUGUCAUAGAAAGCAAGGCCAAUUACAACAAUACUCCUUAAAUUUUAUUGAAACACUAUACUGAAACCGAGGAUUUUUCAUGGCAAGUAUUCUGAAUUAAUUUAUUCAACCUUCCCUUUUGUGUACUUCUCUCCAUCGCUGAUGAUGAGUUUUGCAGUUAUUUGGAAAAUAUUGUUAAUAUGUGAAUCAACAUUGGGGAGGGCUUAACAUGACAAGUUUCAACAAAUGUGACAAGUAUCGCCUCUUGUGGAAGCCUUUUGGGUCUUAAGGUCUUAAAUUUCCAUAAGAUUUCCAUUAAAGCAUUUAAAACCAAUGGUAAUUAGCAAAAUCAGCAAGGGUAGAGGCUGCUUUCCUCUGGUACCUCAUUUAGUAAAUUAGGACCAAUCCUGACAGUUACAGACAAAAAAACAAGUGACCUUUGGGGUAAAAAUCCACUACCAAUUUUGCUAUUUACGUACUACUUUUUACAGAUUAAAUUUCUUCCUUUGUUGGAAAGAAAGCCCGACAAAAUUUUAUGCGAAAGAAAGGCAAUAAAGUGGGCAACAAAACUGCCUAUAAAAAGAAAGGAAAAGGGAAAAAGAAGAGAGUGAGAAAAAAAAUCGAAAUAAAUUGCUGCUUAAUUACACCCAAUUAGCAGAAAUUAAAGUCCUGGCCCGGGUUCUUGGAAAGCAGAUUAAUCUAUUCUCCGAUUAGCGUCAAAUCCACGAUUAAAUUUCUCAUUCCUCGGAUAACUAAUCGUGGGUUAAAAAGGAGUUUCUGAAAGUGAAAUUAUCCCGCGAUUAACUAAUCCCAGAUUAGUGCUAAAUGAAAACCGGUUUAACGAGUUUUUCGACCGCCUGCUUCCAAAAAAUAUGGCGCGAAAAAUUGGCGCGGAUUGCGGGGCCGGUGAAGAAGGCAAAAUGGUGGAAAGUGAGGUGAAAGAACUUGAAGUAAAGGAAAGAAAAAGAAAACCAAAUUUCUCACCGCUUGAGAUUUCCGUAAUUACAGAAUGUGUAAAAAAACAUAUUGAUGUGAUCCGGUCAAAGCUGACGAAUAAUAUAACAAACCAAAAAAAAGUCAAGUCUGGGAGGAGAUUACCAAGGAGGUGAAUGCUGUUGGCCGAGCGAAUCGCUCUGUCCAAGAAAUAAAAGACAAGUGGAAGAACCUCCACUCAACAGCCAAAAAGAGAUUUCCGUAAUUACUUCCACCAUCCAAAGGUUUGUUCAAUGGCCACCCUUGUAGCGUUGUGAGCCUGGUUGAAUGCUUCCUCCUUUACAGAUGUAGGAUUGAGAUAUGGGGUCAUGAGAUAUGGUUUACAAGGGUACCCACUAUCUCCAAGAAGCAAGCCAUCUUCCAAUGUGCGGGUCUGAGACUCAAACCUCUGACCAAUCAAUGAACUGCUUAAUAUGAAGCUGUCAUGUGUGCUACCAGGCCAUCGUGCAACGAUGUUUGUAAACAUGCCUAAAGAAAUUUCAACAAUAACUUUUGUACUUUUUUGUCUAAUUCCAUAAAGUAUCCAUACCUCCCGUAUUGAGAGUUUUUAUUGAUUGUUAGAGACUCCAUCCUUCUAGAAAUUCCAUGGUUAAAUCUCAUAGAUUUCUGAUAGGUUUUUGGGAUUUAAGCCCCCCUCCUUCCAAUCUUUUUGUUUGAAGGGGAUGAAGAUAUCUGACUUUUUGUGGGCCUCAAGCACUGUAGUAUAUAAUAUUUAGACUUAAGGGACCAGUCAUUAUUUAUCACCGGGGGGAGGAUUUUAGUGGGGGGAUCACUUAAUUUUGAGGAGAACAAAAGGGGGGAUCCGUCGUAACUGAGAACCCAAAAGGGGGAUUGCUGAAAACUUUGGAAGGAUUCAGAGAGGGACCACUCAAAUUUGCUUGGAAAAUGAAGACAUGGGGGGGAUUGCGAAAGUCAUCUAAAGUUGUUAGGGUGGAUUACUUCAGUGAAGUAACAUUCAAUGGGGGGAUCAGCUAAAUUUCACCUUGUUUAGUCCUAAAUCCUCCGUGUCCCCAGGCGGUAAAUAAUGACCGGUCCCUUAGCUCCAUUUUUUUUUUUACCUAUGUUUAUCUACGUUCUGCCCAAAGAUAGUUGAAUUCAAACAUCUGAGUGAGAUGACAAGCAUGUCAAUUGUCAACUCUCUUAUGGGGUCCCUACCAUAAAAACAUACUGAAGGGUUGAUUACUUUGCUAAUUAUUAAUAUUUUUUCACCAGAAGAGUUAAAAUCUUUUAAAUAUUAAUAGAACUUUCAACAAAUUAAUAUUCUUUGGAGCACAUGAACUUCUACCACCCCCUCAGAUAAAAUGUAUUAUUUCUACUUUGUUCUUUAUCAUUUGUAUACUGGAUGCUUAUUGAAAAUGAUACUCUCCUUUUUUACCUUUAUGGUUGCAUACUGCUUAGACAUUGAUGGAAUGGAAGCCCUUUCGGUUGACAUAGUCAUCCUCAUUUUUGUUGGGCACUUGGAUCCUCACAUGGGUCCCGUCGAUACAACCUACAACACCAGGGAACCACCCCCCCCCCCUUCUCAUAAAAUCCUCUUUUGACUUCUUGAACUUAAGCAGGUUCUGUAGGGAAGUUGAUGAACUCCUCCUGCUUGUUCGCAAGAGCCUUUGACACGUCGGUCACAAUUCUUGAAACGGUGGAUUUAGGAAGGCCAACGGUGUCACCAAUUAUUUGUAGGAAACUGCCGCUGGCAAAAAAGGCAACGCUACAAGAACUUGUAGCGUUGGCGACAGCGCAUGAUUUCUUCGCGUCUGCCUUUGUAGGUCAUCUUUCAGGAUUUCUACAAGAAAUUUUAUUGACUCCCGUCUAAACCAGUAUCUACUGCAGAGUUCUUCGUCAGUUAGUUCGUCGGGGUCAAUUUCUCGCUGUUGGAACUUUCUUUCGCGUGUUUGCGGGUCAAUUAGAGGGAACAGUAAGUCCGCCAUUUUGUUUGUUUUGACAAACAAUUAGCGAGUUAAUCGUCCUUGUUAGGUGGGUUAAAUUUAACAUUUAGUUUAUUCCUAGAUUAAGAUUAAUCAUGCUUUCAGGAACAGAAUCUAAUAGUGGGAUAAAAUUUAUUCUGCGAUUAGCGAUAUUUAAUCCUUGAUUAGCGCUAAUCGGCUUUCCAGGAACCAGGGCCUGCCAUUCCCAUGCAAACUGGCCAAAAACGGUUUAAAAAGAAGGAUAUUUUGGCGCAAAAUGCAUUUUCCCCUAAAAAGUGGCUGGCGGUAAAGGGUUAAUGGACAUUACCAAAUUGUAUCAAAUUGGCCAUUUUCCACAUAAAAUCGUAGAAUUUACCAAAUUCAGCAUGAAGCAGGUUUGUAAACUAAAGAAAAAAGCAAUUCUCAUUUUGAUGUAGACUCUUUGUUGUCCACUUUUGGAAAUAACUAUCGGAGACUCUCUCACAUCUACCAACAAGGGUGCAAUAAGAAAUUUAGGCACUUGGUUUGACUGCAACGGAUGAACACAUGUUACAAAAUUCAGUUUGUACAGUCGGAUACUUUUAUCUCCGUAAUAUAAGCAGGAUGAGCAAGUUAUUAACUCAGGAGAUAACAGAGAAAUUAAAGGGGUAGUGUCUCUAAUGUCUGCCCCCGUGAGCAUCAUCUUUUUUUUCUUAAAAUUAAAAGACAAUAGAACUGUCAUAUUGAUGCAACAAAAAUUCCUUCCUCAAUACACCGCCGACAGAGCUGUGUUGUUUACAUUCUCAAGUAAUAUUUUAGUCUUAUGUAAAAUGUGGCUUAUGACACACAGACUUAAUUUAUCAUGAUUUCGUUGCUAGCUUGGUAGCCUCGCAACCCAAAAACAGCUUUCCUGCUGUGAACAGAGCUCCUAGAUUCUGUCAUAUUACUCCUUUGUUAACUGAACAUUAAACACAGGACUGACUUUAAGUAAACAUUUUUCUUAAUUUACCGUAUUUAUUCGAUUAACCGCCCUGGGCGCUUAUUAAAUUUUUGGACCUUGAGAGUGGGCGCUUAUUCGAGGUGGGCGCUUAUUCGAGGCUGGGCGCUUAUUAAAUUUUCAACAUUUUCAGCAAGUGUAGUAUGUGUAUUUUGCAACAAAACACGAAGACGUAACAAAGCAAGGUUCCUGUAAAAUACUUUGAAGAAAACUCAGUCUUCGGGAAAGUCUCUUAUUAGUAAUUAUUCAGUUUUAGGGGUGGUCGCUAAUUUGAGUUUGAGUGGGAGUGGGAGGAAGGUGUGGUGGAGUGGGCGCUUAUUCAAGGCUGGGCGUUUAUUAACUUUUUCUGCCUUUAGGAUGGGCGCUUAUUCGAGGUGGGCGCUAAUUCGAGGUUGGGCGCUUAUUCGAAUAAAUACGGUAAGUACAAGGGCCAUUCAUGGUGCAGCUCUGCGAUUUAUCGGUUAUUGUAUUUCACUCAAACCGAAUUCUAAAUAUUGACGAAGAUCCAAUGACACACUAUUGCCGCAGCUGCCAUGGUACGUUGCUCAUGAAACUGGAAAAAUGGCGACUCUGAAAUGAAGCUGUGGCACUUGACUAGUCACUACUGGUAAAUUUCUUGGCCUACCACAGCAUGUUUUGGAAUUUCAGUGACCAGUGAAAAUCACAAUGUUAAGUGCAGAAUUUCCCGGGGAGGUUGGAGUGGCUGUGGACAUGAAAAAAGUUGGGGGAAGGAAGGAACAAAUGCUGCCAACAAUUUUGGCUAUUUCCCAGCAUGCAAUGCAGUCAUGAUGUUGCAAUUUGAUUCAGGCCAUAAUGCACUAGGACAAAAGGCUGUAGCUUGGUCCGGGAAACAUAAGAAUGCUGACUUUUUUGCGUCGUUCUUAAUUUGAAGGACAUUCUUCUCAGUGCCCACAACUGACAUUUAAAUCAAUGUUUGGUUCCUUCUGUGAGUACCGGAGCACAGAUUACGUAAUACAAUAGUAAUAAAAGACAGGAAACAAAACAACUCCAAAUAAAGACUAAUCCCAAGUGACCAAAAAUACAAAGCUUUCCGGUACCUGCAGAAAGACCCCAAUGUUUGAACGAUUGAGAAAGUUGCAGUGUUUUAAAGCAGUGGAGUCUUGUACAUCCAGUUUUGGGUGGCACGGCCAUCAAUAGGUUAAUUAGUCAACAACAUUGGCUUAACACUUAACAUACAUGUACUCAUAGUUCAAAACUAAACUAGUAAUAGUUGCAAAUUAGGGGAGUGCGUUCAAUGGGGAGGGAGGGGGGAUGGGGUGGUGGGAAGUGAGUGGUAGUGGGAAGGGGGGUGCAAAGCCUGCUGGGCUUGUAAUAUUGAGAAAUAAAAAUCAAACACUUUUAUCAAUAUGAAUAUCAUCUUUUUAUCAGUGUUAUUGUUUAUCCUCCCACUUUACAAAUCGUUACUAUUUCAUUUUUCCUCAAAAGUGCAAUAGCGUACUGUACUUUUUACAUUUCCUUGGCUCAACCUGUUAAGUAAAGUACUUGAAAGUAACAACAGGUCAAACACUGACUAUGAUCCUCAGGAUAUUCCUUUGCACUCUAGGAUAAUAAAAAAAAUGGGCUACAAUUGGGAUACAGAAAAAUUAAAGUUAUCUGAAAAGUUUAAGCUUCAAGUAUCACUUUAAACCCUUGUUGCGUGACACUAGGCUAACACGACCCGCCUCAUUCAACGCACCCAGAAUUAGUGAGAUGAAAAGGUCAACAUUUCACUAUUCAACUUCUUGUAUAUUUUUCAAAAAAAGGUGACAAAAAAAGCAAAUACAAAGCUGUAAAUAGCUUUUAAAAGCGAAAAGAUGUAAUUUGUAGGAGAAUUAAAUAUGAUCGAUCUAAGGUGAUCUUGCUUCAACCAUAAAAGCAAAUACAGUGCGCAGAGCGCAUUAACAUAAUAUCUACAUAUCCGAUUAUCUUAGAAUGGAAAUUUUCCCAUAUAAAAAAAACUUAAUUGAAAACUGCGUGAAAAACUAAAGACAAACCUGUAGUAAACAGAAAAUCUCCAACAUUUCAUCUGUGAACGAGUGUCACAAAAUAGAUACCAGCUCCCAGGUGAGAAAAACUGAACACUUGAGAUCGAGGCAAAAUGUGCCAGGCCGGUCCAAGAUGGCAUCCAAACUGUGAAAUCACAUGGCAUACAGAAUGGUUACUACUUCAUGUACGGUACACAAAUAGUAAGCGUUCUCCUUCGUCAAAUGCGAUAAAACGAAGAGUUUUACUCUUUUGCCACAAAGCAAAGUUACCACCUGCUUAUUUGACCAAUCAAAGUGCAUGUGCUAAGAGAUAUAAUAAAAUGAGUUAUUAGGCAGCUGAAUAUGCAUCCUUGGGCCUUGUAAAUUCUGAUCACUAAAAGUGAGAUCUUCACAAGGUCUUAGAUCUUCGAAGGCCUUACGUUGUUGCCUCCAGAAGAACCUGGUAUUCAGUGAUACCUGAAGCAACAAAUAAUGUUGUUCUGAAUAAAUAACACACACAAAUGGCUUUACUUUUUUCUCAGUUGUCACUGUUACAAACAAACUAUUAAAAAUACCUAAUCUGAAAAUAUCAAUCAUUGUAGAUGAGUUCUUGUAAUGAAAAUGUGCAUUGGUUAGCUUCCUGUAUGUCUAGUGUUUGAAUGGUUAUGUUGAACUACCUGUAUCUUGCAUUACAUACCCUAAUCUGUUUAAUUAUUUUCUGUUUAAACAGACCCAGGUGACAGUUCAAGUUCAGGAAGAGAAGAUGAGAGUAUGGUGUUUUGACCAACUUUGACCCAGAAUUACAGUAUUUUUGUAGAAACUGGUGGGAGCCGAGCUGAAACCAACACGAUGAAGAUGCUUGCGAGCAGGAGCUGAAUAGGCAGACAGAGUUUAAGGGAUAACUGUACAAUAUGCUCAUAGAUUUAUCGCAUAUUCAUAAUAAAAGUAGGACUGCCUAAUUGAAGAAAGGCUCAAAUGACGUGAUAAAUAAUGUAAAAUAGGACUGUAGUAUUAAAUUUGUAUGAUAAAGUUGUCGUGGUGUACAGUUUAGCUAGUGAUGGUUACCACUACCUUGUCCUGCAUGCCAAGUCCAACUGAGUUCAUGAAUACCAGGGUUCCCUAGCCUCUCACCUAUUAAGUAUUAACAGAAACUCAUUUUAGAGGUUUUCAACCCCUUAUGAGUUUCUGGUAUUCACUAAUAAUUAGUUGCAUGAUGGGAGGGUUUCGUCGCUAAACCCUCCCAUCAUCACUUUCAUGCAAAGUCAUGUGCUCACAGCUCUGUCAUCAAUAACUAAAUUUUAUUCCUCACAAUUUACGUGGAAGAUAAGACAGUGUACAGUGUAGACCCAGUUGUUUUAAAAGGUGGAUUUGCUUAUUUUUUCCAACAAGGUGGUAUUCAGUUGGGCCUUUUUUGUAUCGAGAAAGUUGACUCUGGUACCCAUGUACCUACCCAAGCUACCCUGGGCAAGCUAACUUUUCAUACAUUUCCUUUUCUACGUGAGAAACAAACGGUUGGCUCGGCUAGAAGGAUGGCUCAGCUAGAAGGAAGACCAGCCAAGCAAGGUCCCUCUUUUGUGAUGGUAGUGUCACCCCCCUAGUAGCUUGCACACCAGACGAAACUAAACUGUGAAACAGUACUAAAGUCCUUUUUCUCUCUCCCUCUUCCAUUCCAUCGCUUUUUCCCCUCCACUUCAUCGUACUGAGGUAUGAAAACCUAUUUCUUUUUUUUUAAUGGCCUUAAUGCAUGCGUAAAUUUAACAUAUCAGUCAGAAGAGCCAAUCUAUAUCUUAGCUUUUAGAACAAUCCUUUUCAAUGGCUGUAUUUUGGAGACAAACAACGGGAUUCGGGAAAGCGGUGAAAAAAAAAAACACGGGAUCAUGAUCAGGACCAACCACCCCCCCCCCCCCCUCCUUGAAGAGCAUGGGCAAAGGGGUCAAUUUUUUUAGGGAUCAUUUAUAGGUCAUGAAUAAAUUAUCUUAUUUCUAUUGUGCUGCACAUUGGUUGUCCAGCCCCCAUCUCAUUUUUUGUUUGUUUCACAAAAAUGUGAAUCCCUCAAAACUUGAACUUUCAAUGCCAUUUAAAAAGGAUACUACCCAUCACAUCUUUGUCGAACAAUGCGCGUGUGUUCAUCUCUUAUCUGUUUUUGAGUCUCUGGAUUUGGCAUAAUAUACUCUACCAUGAGUCUUGUUAUUAAAGGCUGUUGAAAAAAUACACACUUAUAGGAUGUUGCAUAAAGUUGUGUAGUGUGGAAACAAUGUGCUUUUGUUAUAUUUAACAAUUUAUUCCACUAGUGUGCGUUGGAUAUGAGUUGGCUAUAAUCAUCUCAUAUUCAACAAGCGUGAGUGGAAUAAUAGUUUUAUUAAAAACGUCCACAAAAUAUUGAGAAUUCUUUACGACUUUACGUGUAAAAACAACCGAUUUUCAGCUAGUUUUUAAUUUUGCGCAGACGUAUACAGUUACCAUUAAUUUGGAGAGCUUGGUAUAAUGGCUCAUUUACCAUGAUGGCUAAGCCAAUCAGAACUCUAGAAUUGCAUUAUCCAAUGGUUCAGUUUUUAAUAAUACUAUAUAAACACUCGGUGAUCUUGGUGUUUAAAGCAAUCUGAUUGGUUUGCUAUCACAGGGUUAUUCAACAUUAGUAAAAUCCAACUAGUGGUCUAUUAUCAAUGCUGCGUUCUGACUGGUUGAGCUAAUACUAGGCUAUAAUGUUAUAGCCCACUAGUAGCGAAAAGCGUCGGCUUUGAAAACCAAAACAAUGGCGGCUGAAUCGCGAUUUUCUAGCUAAAGUUAUUUUGACUCGAUAUUUUUGACCAACUAGUAGGAUAAAAAAUGAUUAUUACUCUCGCCUCAGAGCCCCGGGGGGCACUUGGGUAUUUUUUGGGUGGGUAUGUUCCUCCCUGGACUCCAAAUUGGCUCCCCGUUCUAAAAAAAAAUUCCCCUAAAAUUGAUACCCUGUUCUAGAAAUGGGCCGAUUUUUAAUACCCCUUUCUAGAAUUCGCCCUAAAGCUGAUACCCCGUUCUAGAAAUGGGCCAUUUUUUAUACUCCGUUCUAGAAAGUUUGUAAAUUGAAAUAGCCCUGUUUUUUUAAAAAGAUAUUUCUUUAUUUGUUCGACUUAUACAUCAAAUAAAUGCUUCUUCAUAAUCAGCAACAAUUUUAAGCAGAAGAUAAAGCCGUGAUCCAUAAUUUGUUAUACCCCGUUCUAGAAGACGCCUCUGAAGUGGAUACCCCGUUCUAAAUUUGCCUAGUCCCUAGGCCUCAUUAUUAUGCGCGGCCGAUGCGUUUCGGGUCACGUGGUCCGAGAAAGUUCGUCUCGGAUACGUCACCGUGACCGAGAGGGCCUGAAAAGGUGUAAAUCGCUGUUAUUGCAAAUCAGGCCUCUAGAACUGCAUUAUAACAUGAACUAGUUUAUAAUAAUAGAGAUACCCUGUACAUCGACUUCUAAAGGCAGGAAUGAAGAGUUCUGGUAAUGAAAAUGUGUCUUGCUUUACAUCCUGUGUGAAAUGGUAGGUGAAUAUGUAUGGGACGUUCCAUUUUUUAUGCACUCCCAUUAUGGAUGACAAGUUUUCAAAUCAGGGUUGGAUUUUUUCUCUCAAGAAGCUGACAAAAUUUGGACCCUUUCAGACAAAUGUUUCAAAAUUGCAGACAAAGAACGAAUUCUUCAGAUUUCAUUGUUCAAAGGGUCCAGAACAAAAUUUGAGUUUUGGAUUCUAGUCAGCUUUGGGGGUCAGGGGGUUCUGGAUAAAAAAUGGAAUGUCCCUAUGACCAUGUUGAACUACCUGUGCAUAGCUUGCACAGUACCUUCAUCUGUAUUUCUGUACAACAGGCCCAAGUUUCAGUCAAGGAAGUAUUGCUGCAAGCUUGGAAAGAAAUGAGAGUUUGGAGUUUGAUCGCACAGAUGCUGGAGAAACAGACAGUAUCUCAGCUGAUCUUCUGACAAGAAUUACAACUGACCCGGCAUUUUUUAUUUCAUUUUCGGAUGACAACCUUCAAGACAUGAUUAACUUUGACCCUGAGCAAUUUGCAACAGCAUUAGAUAAGAGUCUUGCUGUAGCCAAGCACAAACAAGAAGCUUGCCAGCAAGAACUGGAUAGACGGACACAGUUUAAGGAGGCUACACAGUUGUUGAAACUGUUAGACAGGGCACAGCAAAAUCAAGGAACUGAAAAUGAGACACCAGUGUGUGCCAAACGACAGAGGACUACACCAGAGUAAAAAUGUACCCACUGGGCUACUGCAGCAAAAUCACCAGUAUUAUGGCAUAUUGUGUGUCAAAAUACACAAGAUAGAUAGUUUUUAAAAAAAAAAAAAAAAGAUAAAAAUCCCAAUGAUUAUGUAAUGUAUAGUAAACCUGUAACCCUCAAACAAUUUAAAAAUGUAGUUGUCACAUUCUCUCUAAGGUGGAGACUAGAGAGGAACCAAGCUACUAGGUGUUCUUCUUAGAGAUGUCCCACAUAAUAUACGGGAUCAAGAAAAAUAACUGAACAAGCUCAGCCUUAUUUAGCGAGGUAUCAUUCUAUUGAGAGGCAGUUGGCCACAUUAGUGCCAUUUAAAGGUGUACAUAACUCUCUCACAUCAUUAGUAUUAUUUUUUUAAAUUUGUGCAUGUAAAUAUUAGGGUUUAACUUAAUAGAAAAAAAAGAUUCCUGAGCCUUUGGCUUGGAAAAUAAUUAUCUGCUCUUUUAUGUUGUUGACAGUGCUUGUUUCAGUUGAUUAUUGGCAUUGUUACUAACAAAGUUACGUGUAGGUACCGUCAUGUAUUCUGUCAGUCCAAAUAAGGUCUUAUAAAUUUUAAUCUAUGGAUAUAGUAGUCUGUGAACAGCCACAACUUCAACUUCUCUUAAAAAAAUCAGGGAGAGAGACCUCUAUGUUGCACCAUUGUUAAUCAUGUCCCCGAUUAAUUUGGACAAAUGAAGUUUUUUGUUUUGCUGUUAACAGUUUUGAAAAGUUGUUGAUCGGCCAACACAAAUAACAACCAUGGGAAAGGGGCUGUAGGGCUCCUUUUCCCUAAAAACUCAACAUAUGGCAGUAUGACCCUGAAUACUGGUGAUGAUUGUUGCAUUUAGCUGUUGCCAGACAGUAUUAUCAUGUUUUUGAAGGUUUUUUUAAAAGUACCCGUAAUUAAUCACACUGUAAGGAACAUACAUUCCUACAUUUCUAAUCUGUGGUCUGUAAGGCAGCUAG